AUGUGUGACAGACCCUGUCUUCCGACUUCAGCAUGCCGCAGAUGCGACCCCACUGGGUCACGAUGUGAAGGAUGUGUCCUAGCUCGUUAUGGUGAACAUUGUCUGUUUGCAGGAUGUGUCCUAGCUCGUUAUGGUGAACAUUGCUUGUUUGCAGGAUGCGUCCCAGGUCGUCAUGGAUGUGUCUUAGCUCGUUAUGGUAAACACUGUCUGUUUGCGGGAUGUGUCCUAGCUCGUUAUGGUGAACAUUGUUCGUUUGCUGGAUGUGUCCUAGGUCGUCAUGGUGAACACUGUCUGUUUGCAGGAUGUGUCCUAGGUCGUCAUGGAUGUGUCCUAACUCGUUAUGGUGAACAUUGUCUGUUUGCUGGAUGUGUCCUAGCUCGUCAUGGUGAACACUGUCUGUUUGCAGGAUGUGUCCCAGGUCGUUAUGGUGAACAUUGUUUGUUUGCAGGAUGUGUCUUAGCUCGUUAUGGAUGUGUCUUAGGUCGUUAUGGUGAACAUUGUUUGUUCGCAGGAUGUGUCCCAGGUCGUUAUGGUGAACACUGUCUGUUUGGAAGAUGUGCCCUAGCUCGUUAUGGAUGUGUCCUAGCUCGUUAUGGUGAACAUUGUUUGUUUGCAGGAUGUGUCCCAGGUCGUUAUGGAUGUGUCCUAGCUCGUUAUGGUGAACACUAUCUGUUUGCAGGAUGUGUCCUAGAUCGUUAUGGUGAACACUGUCUGUUUGCAGGAUGUGUCCUAGGUCGUCAUGGAUGUGUCCUAGGUCGUCAUGGUGAACAUUGUCUGUCCCUGUGUGGAAAGUGUUACAACAACAGAGGCUGUGAUAAAUUAACAGGAGAGUGUCCAGUAACUGACGGACUGCGAUGCCAGGCCGGAUACACGGGACUUCCCUGUUUAAACCAGUGCCUAGCGGGUAAAUGGGGUACUAACUGUGCAUCCAGCUGCGGCCAGUGUUAUAACGAUACUGUGUGUGAUAGGACAUCAGGGGAGUGUACUUUGUCGGCUGGAAACCCCCGCUGUGCAGCUGGGUAUAAAGGCUCACUCUGUGUUCAACCAUGUACCGACGGAAUGUGGGGCGCGGACUGCAAAACGCCAUGUGGUAACUGUAACAACGGGACUGUGUGUGACAAGACGUCAGGGGUAUGUCCCGUUAUUGAGGGGAAUCCCCGGUGUUCAGCUGGUUACGGGUACACAGACACAACGUGCCGUACACUUACAGCUAUGGAAAUCACGGUCAGCCAAGACUCAUCGACGGGCAAAAUAGCAGGAGGCAUUGUCGGGGCCCUUUUCCUAGUAGCUGUUGUUGUUUUCGUCAUCAUGUACAGGAGGCGCAGCUCGUCUGCCAGCAAUGACCGGAAGAUUAGCUUUUCCAGGAACCCUGUGGGAAGACCGGAAGACCAGUUUGCGCAUGUUGAUACACUAGGAAACAGAAGGCUCGGCGUAGAUAAUGUACCAGUUCAGAUGAAUGAAGCAGAUGACGCUCUGCCCUACGACCAUUCGCGCGUGAUUCUGAAACCGUCGGACACAAAAGGAGAGUCGGAUUAUAUUAACGCCUCGUAUAUUAAUGGGUUCGAGAAACCAAAGACGUUCAUCGCUUCUCAAGGGCCCACUGACCUCAUCAUAAAUGACUUUAUGCGCAUGCUCUGGGAACAGAACGUUGGUAUAGUUGUCAUGGUGACAAACUUGGUCGAGAACACCAAGAAAAAGUGUAACCAAUACUGGCCGACCGAGGGCUCCACAAAGUUUGGUGUAAUAGAAGUGACAUUACUGGAUGAGCUGAUUUACGCAAACUACAAUAUAAGGACUCUGCAGCUGAGCGCCGGCAUGAACAAGCCCAAGAUCCUCAAACAGUUUCACUUCACGGCCUGGCCAGACCACGGCACUCCCUCCGGCGCCUCCGUGCUUCUCGACUUCCGGGAGAAGGUUGUGGAGCACAGCUCGAACUUGCCUGGACCAAUUGUCGUCCAUUGCAGUGCCGGAAUCGGACGGACGGGGACGUUCAUCGCUCUGGACUACCUGGUCAAUCAGGCUAAGGCGGAGGGAAUGGUAGAUGUGCCGGCCUGUGUGGAGCUUCUCAGACAACAGCGAGUUAAUAUGGUGCAGACACAGGAACAGUACGAGUUUCUACACGAGGCCUUAGCAGAAGCCUUGAAACUAAGCCACAGGUCCAUCCCGUCUAUGAGCUUUUCCGCCGUGUACUCUGACCUUUGCAUUCUCGACCCCAUUACUGGACAACCCAAGUUGGCCGCACAGUUCAAGAUUCUGGAGGAAGUGACACCCACGCUUGACAAAGCCAGCCAGAAAACUGCUAGGUUGGAAGAAAACUUGCCCAAGAACAGAAACCAGAUCUUAGCAGUGGACAGGUACAGACCGUAUCUAUCGACGCCAGUGAGUGGCUGUAAUGAUUACAUCAACGCCGUCUUUCUUCCAGGAUACAGAAAGAAGAGAGGCUUUAUCCUCACCCAGACGCCUCUCCCGAUCACGGUGGUGGACUUUUGGCGCCUGGUGUACGACCACGGCGUCCGUACCAUCGUCAUGUUUGACCACGCCUAUCCAAGGGAUAAGAAUGUGGGUAUAUAUUGGACAGACCAGAAGGGGACGUUUGGUCCAUUUGAGACGGAAGUAACUGACGUGGAUCAGAGAGAGGGCUUCUCUGCCUGGACUUUUCAACUGACCUUCAAAGACGAGAAGUCACAACAAGCCAUCAAACAGUUCCGCUAUCAGAAAUGGCAGAAGAAACCUUCCCAGCAAUAUAUUCCGUCAUUUUUGACACUUCUGCAAAGCGUACAAAUCUGGCAAAAGGAAUCUGAAAAUGCGCCUAUUUUGGUACACUUGGUGCAAGCUCUUGUUCUCAGGGACGGGGUGACGAAGAGUGGGUUGUUCUGUGUGGCUUGGUCCAUACUAGAGAGGCUGAAGGUUGACCAGAACGUCAAUAUCUUACAGACUGUCAGACAGAUGAGGAACAACAGGCCGGAGAUUAUUACUGAUCUGGAGCAGUAUAGAUUUCUCCACCAAGUCGCGCUCAGCUAUGUGGAGAGUUACCAAACCUACGCGAAUUUCAGUUAA